UAACGGAGUGGGGUGACGACGUACGACCAAUCUCUGAAGAAGAAGCCAUGGUCAUCGUCAACCACCAAUCCACAGGAGAUGUGUGCACCCUCAUGAUGUGCCUGCAAGACAAGGGCACGGUGGUACGAAAAAUGAUGUGGUUGAUGGACCAUGUGUUCAAAUACACCAACUUUGGCCUAGUGUCCCUGAUUCAUGGAGACUUCUUCAUCAGACAGGGUAAAGCUCACCGAGACAAGCAGCUGGUCUACCUGAAAGAUCACCUAGACAAAUACUACCACAACCGCGACAGGAAGUGGAUAGUGCUGUUCCCUGAGGGCGGAUUCCUGCGCAAGCGGCGGGAAACCAGCCAGUUGUUUGCCAAGAAGCACACACUCCCCCACCUGACCCACGUCACGUUGCCUCGUCUUGGGGCCACCCACGUUAUCCUGAAAACCCUGUCAGCCCAACAGGAGAAUGGCAGUGUGGGCAGCGAGACUGGGACCCCUAACCAGACAGGUAAUAAACGUAAAGGCCUGCAGUGGGUAAUAGAUGUAACCAUAGCUUACCCAAAAGCAAGACCCAUGGACAUCCAGACCUGGAUCUUUGGCUACAGGCCUCCUACAGUUACACAUGUACACUACAGGAUGUACCCAAUAAAAGAGGUUCCUGUGGAGGCACAGGCCCUGACUGACUGGCUGUAUCAGAGGUUUGUGGAGAAGGAAAAGUUGCUGGCCCACUUCUACGACACAGGAUCAUUCCCCCUUGAAGGUGGACAGAAGGAGGCACUUUCCCGUCAAAUGACCCUCGACCCCGUGUGGCUGUGUGUUAUCCAGUCGUUUGCUUUCGCCUCCGGCUACAUGUGGUACAGCGUCCUCCAGUACCUCUACUGCUGUUUAUUUUGAGUGCGCUGAUGAGGCGAGAGUCUUUAUCGGACCACUGGAAAAGCCUCAGGAUCAGUUGGUGUGUGGCCCAGCGUCAUACUUGCCCCCACGAUGGAUGAAUGUACAUUUCAAACAGUGGAGAGACUUAACAGGAAACAAACAAAAAAACAUAGGAAGACAAGUACACACAGAUUACAAAUACCCAUACAAGAUGAAACUGGUCACAGGCAUAGUUAACUUGCACACAACCCACACCACACACUCGCUCUGAUGGCCUAGCAGAAUAAUCUCUCGCACUCGUCACGACUCACAUUUUGAUGUUUACACGUCCUCAUACACGUAUACACUCACACGUACAUGACUUUUUAAUCAAAGUUAACGAAAUGAGGCUCAGGACUCCUCCAGAGGACGCUCUGGACCGGACUCUCUCUCUUCCCCGCCUAGGCUUUAGCCGUAGUAGUUUUACAUGAAGUAUAAAGUAUGUGUGGACAAGCGUGUGAGUGAAUAUAUGUGACUAGAAGCAUUACGUCUGCCCUUGUUCUUCUUCCUGGCAAGAGUUGAUGAAGCCCACUGGACCUUUCAUUCAGCCCACUGACUAGCCGGCUGGCCACACCUUUCAGAGAGAGCGGCUGUAUGAACGUUGAGGCUGCGCAGCUGGCCGCUUCUCUGGCCGCUUCUCUGGCCUUCAUUGCACUAAGGAUCCAUACUGCCCUAACUGCUCCCUGUCCUGGGAAAUAUUUCUGAUUGGUAGCUGUCAAUGUUUUAAUUUUGUUUUAUGUUCUUCCCUUUUACCCGCAUAUCUCCACAACAACGGCCAUUGUAUGUGUUGUUGAUGUCUUUUUUUGUUGACCCCCCCCCCCCCUUUGAGCUCACUGAAAAGGGGGGAUCAUGUUUACACCGGUGGCUAUGAUGCGCCGCUUGAUUUAAGGAUUGUUUCUGUGUCAGACAUUGAAGGGAGGAAGAGGAGACGGUGCUGUAGUGCUGAUUUCAAAAAGAAAACAGUAGUGGCACGCAGGGCAAGAAUUGAAGUGUGAUUACCUUAAAGGUGACUCCCUCUUUGUGGAUUUCCCUUUUCGCCCUCUGCUCUCCAACAUGCACAUACACACUUACACAAACAAAUGUGCAGACAUAGCCAUGUGCAGCUACACACACAGCCGAGUAGACGUCUGUCUCGACGGAUCAUCUCAGCAAGCCAGACUGAGAAGGAAGACACUCUUAUUCCCCCAUUGGACUACAUAGUUUUACAAAUAUUUAAGCCAUAUGCUUAGUGUCGUCGGGGUGGGGAAAAGACAUGGAGGGGGAAAAAAAGUUUUUUAUUUAUAGAAAGCUACCCUUAUGUUCAGCAUUCUAAAAUAGAGAUUUUGGCUUACAGAAGUAUAGGUGUCAUUACUGUAAAUUUACAGCAUAACCUGCCUAAGUGAGUGUGUGUGGUUGUCUUUUCCCCCCCUCAUUUUUGAUAUAUACAAUUUCAUGUCAUGUUUCACCACAAGUGGUCAAAUUUGAUUUCAUUUUAAAUUACAUGAACUGUCGUCCUCAUGUCAUGGUAUGUUUAAAUCUUGUACAUAACAAAGCUGAGGAAGAGUUUUCAUUGUUGGAAAUGACGGCAGCAUUUCUCUCUUUUAGUCCAUGAUAAUUUCAGAGAUUUUUAGUUUAAAAUAUCAUGAAUGGGUUUUUUUUUUUUUAAAGACGAUGAUGACGAAAGCAAGGAUUUCCCUUCACUUCUUAGUGUUACCUUGUUUUUUUGUGUUUUUUUUUAAAGUUUUGUUAAGUUCCUGUUCAUGUUGUUGUGUGCUUCAAGACAUCAGAGCUACUGUACGUCCGUGUGCUGGCUGACACAGCAUUGGCACGGUGAAACACGGGCCCAGUUUCAAACUUGUACCAUUGUACAUUUUUAAAUAAGGAUUUAGUGGAAAACUUCGACUAUCAAGCCUUACCUGAUGUCCUGGUGGACCACAAUCCCAAAUGAUGCUGUUUCCUCGCACUCCCUCUUGACAAACAUUUGGGGUGUUUGUCAUAAUAGUGGUUUCACGGUGUCGAGCUCCAACUUGGCCCGUGAGGAAGGGAUCACUCUUCACUUACGAGGGAAACUCUGGCAGGGCCCUGCAAUGACGCAGCUGUACUCUCAAAUGUACUUGUGUUGUGGUUUUGAGGUCAAUUAUAUGUAAUUUGCUUAGCUUUAAUUAGGAAAAUUAUAGAGGAGCAGCAAUUAUCAUUGUCAUAAACUAAUGCAUAAAAGGUGCAUUUUUCGUAGUUUACUGCCCUCCUUGUGUGCCAGUGUUGAUAGAAAAUGUGUGUGAAAUGCAAAAAAAAAAAGGGCUACCUGACUGGGUAGGUAAAAGGAUUUUAAAUUGGGCUGUAAAUGUGAUUCAUCCAGCGGCCCUUUCAGAUUCCCCUCCAUUGUGAGAGUGACUUGAAAUAAAGCUUCAUCUUUUUUCACCUAUUCACUUUUUAUUUUAUUUUAUGACCAUGUUUCCAAAGAAGGCAGGGAGAUAAUGUUUUCCUAGAUGUGGUUUUAGGAAAUCAACACAAUAGGGAUUUAAACAAAUUAUAUUAGAACUGUCUGUAAUUUUCCAUUUUGUACUUCUCCUUUAAUUCCUAGCUACACAGCCAUUUUACAACACAAAAGACUUGUGCUGGAAUAAAACAUCAUAAAGAUCCUAA